UUCGACACCGGCGGCCUCAGCCGCGACGCAUUUCCGAAGGGCUUCAUCUUCGGAACGGCGACGUCGGCCUACCAGGUCGAAGGAAUGGCCGAUAAGGAAGGCCGUGGACCCAGCAUUUGGGACGCCUUCAUUAAAAAUCCCGGGAUUGUAGCAAACAAUGGUACUGGAGAGGUUUCUGUGGACCAAUAUCACAGAUACCAGGAGGAUAUUGACAUCAUGUCCAAGCUAAAUUUUGAUGCAUACCGCUUCUCAAUUUCAUGGUCCAGAAUUUUCCCAAAUGGAAGAGGGAAAGUGAAUUGGAAGGGAGUAGCAUACUACAAUAGGUUGAUUAACUAUUUGCUCAAAAGAGGCAUCACUCCAUAUGCCAAUCUGUACCAUUAUGAUCUUCCUCUGGCAUUGGAGCAAGAAUAUAAAGGCCUAUUGAGUGAGAGAGUAGUGAAGGACUUUGCAGAUUAUGCAGACUUCUGUUUCAAGACAUUUGGGGAUAGAGUUAAGAAUUGGAUGACGUUUAAUGAACCGAGAGUCGUAGCAGCUCUAGGAUAUGAUAAUGGUUUUUUCGCUCCCGGGAGGUGUUCCAAAGAAUAUGGAAACUGCACGGCUGGAGAUUCUGGAACUGAACCUUACAUUGCUGCACAUCACUUGAUUCUUUCUCAUGCGGCUGCUGUACAAAGAUAUCGCCAGAAGUAUCAAGAGAAACAAAAGGGAAGAAUUGGUAUUCUUUUGGAUUUCGUUUGGUAUGAACCUCUUACUCAUUCGAAGGCCGACAACUAUGCUGCUCAAAGAGCGAGAGAUUUUCACGUUGGAUGGUUUAUUCAUCCUAUUGUAUAUGGGGAGUACCCUAGAACGAUGCAAUCAAUCGUGGGUAAUAGGCUGCCGAAAUUUACUAAAGAGGAAGUCAAAAUGGUGAAAGGGUCGAUAGACUUCGUUGGAAUAAACCAAUACACGACGUACUACAUGUAUGAUCCUCAUAAGCCAAAAGCUAAAGUGCCUGGCUACCAACAAGACUGGAAUGCAGGAUUUGCCUAUGAGAAGAAUGGAGUGCCUAUUGGUCCAAGAGCUCAUUCUUAUUGGCUUUACAAUGUCCCAUGGGGAAUGUACAAAGCAUUAAUGUACAUAAAAAAGAACUAUGGAAACCCAACUGUCGUUUUAUCGGAAAAUGGCAUGGAUGACCCAGGUAAUGUCACACUUCCAAAGGGACUACAUGAUACCACUAGAAUCAACUUCUACAAAGGCUAUCUGACUCAACUAAAGAAGGCAGUUGAUGAAGGAGCUAAUGUUGUCGGGUACUUCGCUUGGUCGUUGCUCGACAACUUCGAAUGGAGGUUGGGCUACACUUCGAGAUUUGGUAUCGUCUAUGUGGAUUACAGUAAUCUCAAGAGGUACCCAAAGAUGUCUGCCUACUGGUUCAAGCAACUACUUGAGAGAAAGAAGCAUUGAGAGAGCUUCAAUCCACUUUUCUUACCUUCUACUAUGAGUUUGACUAGAAAGCUUUAGUUCUUGAUGAGCUAUAAUAUCGUAUGACGUAUCUAUCUUCCUGCAACUGUAAUCUUAUGAUAAAAAAUGGACAAGUUCCAAUUUGAAGUAACAUCUAAGCUUAUCAUGUCACGAAUUAUAUUACUACUGUA